AUGAGCUUUAUCAGCCCAAAGAAAUUCUCCAGGCUUGGAAAGGUGUAUGAUUUUGCGGGGAAAAAUUACUGUGUGAGGGAAAAAAGUGAGCCACCUCCGCUUUUGAAACAAAUUAGUGCUGAUUAGAUAAAGAUUUUGGGGGUGGUGGAGGAUUAUUUCAGCCUCUAACCGUCCUUAGUAGGCUUUGGGCUAAGGCUGCCUAGAGCAGUGGCAGCCACACGCAAAUCCUUUUCAUGCUGGCGUCACCAGUAACUCGGGAAGACUCACCCAGCCUUGCAUGGGUCUUGUCUCCACAGCGAAGGAGUCUCUAAACCCCUAAUAGUGAUCAGGUAUGAGUUUAUUGCCCAAGCCUCUUUCUGAGAUUAUCACGCCUUAUGUAGAGAAAUAUUGCUUACCAAUAAAAUGAGUUGACGCUGCUCCUUCGGUUUCUCAUCUGAGCUUAGGAAAAGCCUGCCAUAUAGUCCUGUCCAGACAAAACCCCGCCAGACUAAUUAGUGCCGAAGAUGUGGAAAAAGAAUUGAAAAAAGUUCAAAAAGAAAUCGAUUUAUUAGAGAAAACUGGGAAAGCUCAUAGUAGGCACUCUUCAUGCUUUUUAUCCCCAUCCAGAGAGAAGUUAGAAAAAAUAAACGUAAAAUUUAUACAGAAACCUUCAAAUCUUGAAUCUCCUCCUUCUACCAAAUACAAUCCAAGAAUCAAUUUUCUUCUGCCUCGAGUACCUGAAGUAUCAAUACUCAGAUCAGUUUCUGGAUUAUCCAGAAAUCAAAAAAUCUAUAUCCCAACCUGUGUUGAUACCGAAGACCUUACCUGUCAUUAUCCUGUAAAACGAAAAAAUACUUUGAAUUCAGAAAUUAGCUAUAUAGAUUUCAAUGCGUUGAGGAAAAAAAUUAAGCAAAGGACUACUGAAGAAAAUACCUUACUCUUUCUUUAAAUUGGAAAAAUUCAGUAAAAUUUAUAUUUUUGAGUAAACUAUCCCCUUUAAAUUAGAAUAAAAUACUAAUUUUAUAAGGAAAAAUAAUAAUUAUCUUUAAUGCUUCCGAAUUCUAUAAUAAACUAAUUAGAUAACUAUUUAAACAAAGUUAUUAUAAUAUAUUUUAUGAUAAUUCUUCUUUAAAAAUAAAUUCAGAGGGAGGUAGAUUCUUCUUGGUCUUCAAGAGCCUCUCUGUCGUUUGACAAACAAUUACCAAGAAAAUACACAUCAUCUUCUCAAAUUGAAGCCCGUUUCGAAACAGUUAAUUUUCCUAAACUUUUUUCCAAGUAUAAAAGUUCCCCAAGUGUUGAUUUCGGUAAAAUUUCCCCAAGAAAGGAACCUCAAAAGUCUUUCACCCCGUCUCCUUAUAUAUUUUCUGAUAAAAUCAUCAAGCGAAAAGCCAACAUUGGCGCUUAUGAUAUGAGCAAAGCAGUUGGGGUUCGUUUUUCGCCAGAAAAAUAUAAAGUUGACACUAUAAAUCAAGACAAAGUUGCAAAAGCUUAUAAUAUAAUUCUUCCAAAAACCCAUAUAGCUCCAGCCCUAUUUUUGCUUGUUUAGGAGCAAUACCUUUGUCUGUUGAAUAGUCGACGAAAAUGCCAAUUUUUCUAGCAAACACAAUUUAAAAUUGAAAAUGCAAAUUAUAGCUGUAUUUGUCAAUUUUAAUUUGCCCUUUUCAGAAAAACUGGCAUUUUCAAUAGGCAAAAGUAUUGCUACAAAAGAAUCUAUAAGGAGCCUUAAAUUAUAUAUCUACUCCAAAUUUUGAAAAAAUUACAGCAAGAGCUCAUAAGCAUAUAUCCAAAGAAGAGGACAAAAAGUAUAUUUAUGAAAUUUUAUAA